AUGUCCCAUAGAGAGGAACAUAUCCUAUUCAACGAACAAGUGAUUCGUGUGGUGAACGAAUUCAAGGCCCGCGCGCUGUUGUGGGACCCUGAACAUGACUUGUACCGGGUAAAGACCUCCAGGAACGAGGCGUGGUCAGAAAUCGCGACAGAGUUUAACUACAGCGUAAUGGAUUUGAAGAAGAAGUUUAGGUCAAUCUUCGCGUCACACCGCCGCGAGAGGUCCAAAGUUCUGCUCGGGAUUAAGACCCAUUGGUUCCUCUAUGACCUUCUGAGCUUUUUGCCAACUCACGUUAAGAACCUAAAGUCGAGCAAGAAGCGAAACUCGUCUGCGCAGAAAACCCUUCAAACUUAUAAACAAGUCGAUGAAAACGUUGACGAAGUUAACGAUGAUCACGAUGGCGACACUGAUCAUUCCGACGACGAAACUGAGUUCAUUCAGGAGGCAAUAAUUAUAAAAACUGAACCAGAAGACGAGCCACCGCCAAAAAGAGUAUUGCACUACAGAAAGCCAAGAGCGGUUCGACCUACGCGACCCUCUUUUAAAAGGCACUUUCUUACGCGCGAGAGGGACAGAAGCUUGACAGAACCGUAUGUCAAACCAUCACCGGUUAAGGGGAAAGAUGAAUGUGAUAGUUUCGGAGAAUAUAUCGCGGUGUCACUACGUAAGCAUGAUGAGCGGACGCGGUCUAUGAUCAAACAAGCCAUCAAUAACAUAUUGUUCGAACAAGAGAUGAAGAAAUACAAUAGUUCCUCGUACGUAGUGGAGAAGAAUCCUUUGAUCAUUGGUGAUAGUGACGACUGUGAAAAGUGA